AUGGCGAAAUGGGCGAAUGAAGAAGACAAUAUGAUUUUAUAUGUGGACGAAAGGACAAUUAAAGCCACGUAUUGUGAGGUCCGUCGAUCUGUGAAGGGAUCAACGACCCUUGUGUGCAGGAGGCUGCAAUAUAAUUAUCUUAGGAAAGUAAUGAAUAGUCAAGAUAGGAGUUUGCCCGUGACAGCUGAGGCGCAGAAUAAGAGAAGGAGGGAUGAUUUCCCUGAGUGCUCCCACCAGGAGAAGAAACAAGAAUUGGGGAUGAGCUCCCAGGACGAGUUGAUGGAGGUUGAAUUGAUAGAAGGGAGCCCUGCGACGACCAAGACCCUUCUUGAAAUUGUGUCUGUGGUCCUUGAUCUCGUAACUCAGGGGAAAGAUUUGGCUCAGAGGUUGGCUUGUAGCAGUGCGUGA